AUGGCGUCUUUGAGGCUGUCAGCGUUGCAGUCUCUACUCCGGACGAGGACCCCAUCUGUGCGGCCUCAACAAAAACGGUGGGCCCAGGUGCACGAUGUGCGCUUCCUCGCCACGCACCACGAUUCCCAACAAGUAUUGGAUAGAUAUCGGUCCAAGCUGAACCAGAAAGCGCAGCAGGAAGGCCACGAGAAUAUCGAUUCCCUGAAGGAAGCCUACAAAGAAAAGAUCGACGACCUCCGGCACAAAGCAGCAACCCCCAUCACACCCGAAUCGUCGCCCUCUCCAGCACGUUCAGCAGUUCCUCCUGCUCCCCCGCCGCCGCCAUCGAUGCAGGCUAAAGCCGCAGCCAGAACCGCCAAUUCCACCGGUAUCAAACCCCUCAGCUCUUAUAUCAAUGUGGAGAAGACCCUCGCGCUCCCGCCAAAAGAAAUCGAAGCCAUCUGGCGCCUCCGUCAUGCUUCAAACCCCAACUCCAUCUGCGCCUGUAUCCCCGUAGAAACAUAUCUGCGCAUUGCUGCCGCCGCUCGUCAGAACCCCCAGUUCGUCCUCCCCCUGCCUCGCACGCAGAUUGAAUCUCAAUCGCCGGAAACGAAUACCGAAGCCAAUGAUGCCGGCGCCGAUAUCCAUUUCCUUCAAUGGGGAUUUCAUCCUCCCGCGUCUGCAUCCUCUUCGGAAGUCCCCUCGGGGCCGUUGGCUAGCUCCCACACCUCGACAAUCAUUUUCACCCACCUCGCUGCCUAUCAGCUGCACGGGGCCUAUGCGCAACCACACACCACUAUCACACACCAUCUGGAUCUCGCGGAUGAAAAGGGUCUCGUGCUUAUGCUUGGCCAGGUGAUGCCCGACUCCGGCGUCUCCACCACCGAUGCUACCUGGCUGGCUAGUUGCGUCCAGCGGUUCUUCGAUUUCGGCGGCCAAGCCAAUGGACGGAAGGGCGAACUACUACGCAUGUUCACAAAGGGAGAUGUGCAGAACUUCAAAAUCGAGGACUUGCUAGGAGAAGCAGAGAAGCUCUAG